UUGGCUACGCCCGCUGGUUGGGGGUUGGAGAAUAGUCACGGCUGCGUGGGGUUCGCCUUGUGACACAAUUAUAACAACUUUGUGCGAGUGCUGGCGAAGUUUGUGAUUGUAAGAAAUUUUCCUCUGUUUUCCAACAACUGCGGCUUCCGCCCUCCCUGCAGUUUCUAGCCGCCCCGCGAUGUGAUCCGGAAACCGAGCCCCGCAGUUCCGUAAACCAGUUGCUUUCACCUUUACUUGGGUUUUUCAUUUCUGCCCCGGCGGCGGCGGCAAAGUUGGCGUCACAGUCUUACGCGGCGAUUGAGGGCGUCUUUUCAAGCUCGGGAUUGGAAGUGGAGUAUCUACGUGAGAGUUAUAAAUUUGUUGCGUUUCCAUGAAAUCUUUCGGAGUGUCGCUUGCCACCGCCGCUGUUGACUUAAGUGAUGAGGAAAAGAAAAUGGCGGCGAGAAAAGCGAGCGGCGAGGGAGACGAGGGAUCCCCCAGUCUGACAGCGGAGGAGAGGGAGGUGCUUGGUGGAUUGGACAGCCGUCUCUUCGGGUUCGUGAGCUUUCACGAAGAUGGCGCCAGGACCAAGACUCUUCUGGGCAAGGCUGUUCGCUGCUAUGAAUCUUUAAUUUUAAAAGCCGAAGGAAAAGUGGAGUCUGAUUUCUUUUGUCAGUUAGGUCACUUCAACCUCUUAUUGGAAGAUUAUUCAAAAGCAUUAUCUGCAUAUCAGAGAUACUACAGUUUACAGGCUGACUACUGGAAGAAUGCUGCCUUUUUAUAUGGCCUUGGUUUGGUCUACUUCUAUUACAAUGCAUUUCAUUGGGCAAUUAAAGCAUUUCAGGAUGUGCUUUAUGUUGACCCUAGCUUUUGUCGAGCCAAGGAAAUUCAUUUACGACUUGGGCUUAUGUUCAAAGUGAAUACAGACUAUGACUCUAGUUUAAAGCAUUUUCAGUUAGCUUUGAUUGACUGUAAUCCCUGUACUUUGUCCAGUGCUGAAAUUCAAUUUCAUAUUGCCCACUUAUAUGAAACUCAGAGAAAGUAUCAUUCUGCAAAACAAGCAUAUGAACAACUUUUACAGACAGAAAACCUUCCUGCACAAGUAAAAGCAACUGUGUUGCAACAGUUAGGUUGGAUGCAUCAUAAUAUGGAUCUAGUAGGAGACAAAGCCACCCAAGAAAGCUAUGCUAUUCAGUAUCUCCAGAAGUCAUUAGAGACGGAUCCUAAUUCUGGUCAAUCUUGGUAUUUCCUUGGAAGGUGUUAUUCAAGUAUUGGGAAAGUUCAGGAUGCCUUUAUAUCUUACAGGCAAUCUAUUGACAAAUCAGAAGCAAGUGCAGAUACGUGGUGUUCAAUAGGUGUACUCUAUCAGCAGCAAAAUCAGCCUAUGGAUGCUUUACAGGCCUAUAUUUGUGCUGUACAAUUGGACCAUGGGCAUGCAGCAGCCUGGAUGGAUCUAGGCACUCUGUAUGAAUCCUGUAACCAACCUCAGGAUGCCAUUAAAUGCUACUUAAAUGCAACCAGAAGCAAAAGUUGUAGUAAUACCUCUAUACUUGCAGCAAGAAUUAAGUUUUUACAGGCUCAGUUGUGUAACCUUCCACAAGGUAGUCUACAGAAUAAAACUAAAUUACUUCCUAGUAUUGAGGAGGCGUGGAGCCUACCAAUCCCCGCAGAGCUUACCUCCAGGCAGGGUGCCAUGAACACAGCACAGCAGAAUGGUUCUGAUAACUGGAAUAGUAGUCAAACUGUUUCACAUCAUCCAGUACAGCAAGAAGUUCAUUCAUGGUGUUUGACACCACAGAAAUUACAGCACUUGGAACAGCUGCGUGCAAAUAGAGAUAAUUUAAAUCCAUCACAGAAACUGGUGCUGGAGCAGUUGGAAAGUCAGUUUGUCCUAAUGCAGCAACAAAUGAGACAAAAAGGAUUUGCUCAGGUACAAACUGCUGGAAUUCAUAAUGGGCCAAUAGCUGAUUCAUCACUGCCUACAAACUCUCUCUCUGGCCGGCAACCACAUGCUGCUCUGACCAGAGUACCUAGAGUCUCUCAGCCUGGAGUUCACUCUACUUGUCUUGAAAAGCCUUUGUCCAAAGGACCUUUUUCUGCAGGCUAUAUUCCUUGUGGUACAUCACAAACUCUAGGGAGUACAGACACUAUCUUGGUAGGCAAUAAUUAUGUAACAGAAAGUGGAAGUAAUGGAAAUGUGCCUUACCUGCAGCAAAACACACUUACUCUACCUCAUAACCACACAAACCUGACCAGCAGCACAGAAGAGCCAUGGAGAAAACAACUAUCUAACUCCGCUCAGGGGCUUCAUAAAGGUCAGAGUUCACAUUUGGCAGGACCUAAUGAUGAACAACCUCUGUUUUCCACUGGGACUUCCCAGUAUCACCAGGCAGCUAGCACUGGUAUUCAGAAUCAGAAUGGACGUUGCACUCUGCCUAGUAAUUCAUUACCACAGAGGGAUGCUGUCAAUCAUCUCUCCUCUCAUAUUGCUACCUCAGGUGGACAACAAGGCGUUACCUUUACCAAAGAGAGCGAGCCUUCAAGAAAUAGACCCUUGGUGCCUGAAACAAGCAGGCAUGCUGGAGACACAUCUAAUAGCUGUGCUGAUGUCAAAAGACUUUCUAAUCAUGUUCAUCAGGUGAUGGCAGAUGCUGUUUCCAGUCCUAACCAUGGAGAUUCUAUAUCACCAAAUUUAUUAUUUGCAGACAAUCCUCAGCUCUCUGCCUUGUUGAUUGGAAAAGCCAAUGACAAUGUGGGUACUGGAACCUGUGACAAAGUCAAUAAUAUUCACCCAGCUAUUCAUACAAAGACUGAUAAUUCUGUUGCCUCUUCACCCUCUUCAGCCAUUUCCACAGCAACACCUUCUCCAAAAUCCACUGAACAGAUAAGUGUUACCAGCCUUAACAGUCCUCACAGUGGAUUACACACAAUUAAUGGAGAAGGGCUGGAUAACUCACAGAACUCUGCAAAAGUAGACCUGCCUCUACUUAGCCACAAAUCUACUCCUCAGAUUAUACCAUCAAUGUCUGUGUCCAUAUACCCAAGUUCAACAGAAGUUCUGAAGACAUGCAGGAAUCUAGGCAAAAAUGGCUUGUCCAAUAGUCGAAUUUUGUUGGAUAAAUGUCCUCCUCCAAGACCGCCAACUUCACCAUACCCUCCCUUGCCAAAGGACAAGUUGAAUCCACCCACACCUAGUAUAUAUUUGGAAAAUAAGCGUGAUGCUUUCUUUCCUCCAUUACAUCAAUUUUGUACAAAUCCAAAAAACCCUGUUACAGUAAUACGUGGCCUUGCUGGAGCUCUUAAGUUAGAUCUUGGACUUUUCUCUACCAAAACUUUGGUAGAAGCUAACAAUGAACAUAUGGUAGAAGUGAGGACACAAUUGUUGCAACCAGCAGAUGAAAACUGGGAUCCCACUGGAACAAAGAAAAUCUGGCGUUGUGAAAGUAAUAGCUCUCAUACUACAAUUGCUAAAUAUGCACAGUAUCAGGCCUCCUCCUUCCAGGAAUCAUUGAGAGAAGAAAAUGAGAAAAGAACACAACAUAAAGACCAUUCGGAUAAUGAAUCCACAUCUUCAGAUAAUUCUGGAAGGAGAAGGAAAGGACCUUUUAAAACCAUAAAAUUUGGGACCAACAUUGACCUCUCUGAUAACAAAAAGUGGAAGUUGCAGUUACAUGAGCUGACUAAACUUCCUGCUUUUGUGCGUGUCAUAUCAGCAGGAAAUCUUCUAAGCCAUGUUGGUCAUACCAUACUAGGCAUGAAUACAGUUCAACUACAUAUGAAAGUUCCAGGGAGCCGAACACCAGGUCAUCAAGAAAAUAACAACUUCUGCUCUGUUAACAUAAAUAUUGGACCAGGUGAUUGUGAAUGGUUUGUUGUACCUGAAGAUUAUUGGGGUGUUUUGAAUGACUUUUGUGAAAAAAAUAAUUUGAAUUUUCUAAUGAGUUCUUGGUGGCCCAACCUUGAAGAUCUUUAUGAAGCAAAUGUUCCAGUGUAUAGGUUUAUUCAGCGCCCUGGAGAUUUGGUCUGGAUAAAUGCAGGCACGGUGCAUUGGGUUCAGGCUAUUGGCUGGUGCAACAACAUUGCUUGGAAUGUUGGUCCACUUACAGCCUGCCAGUAUAAAUUGGCAGUGGAACGGUACGAAUGGAACAAAUUGCAAAGUGUCAAGUCAGUAGUACCCAUGAUUCAUCUUUCCUGGAAUAUUGCACGAAAUAUCAAAGUCUCAGAUCCAAAGCUUUUUGAAAUGAUUAAGUAUUGUCUUCUGAAAAUUCUGAAGCAGUGUCAGACAUUGAAAGAAGCUCUCCUUUCAGCAGGAAAAGAAGUUGUAUGGCAUGGACGGACAAAUGAAGAACCAGCUCAUUACUGUAGCAUUUGUGAGGUGGAAGUUUUUAAUCUGCUUUUUGUCAGUAAUGAAAGCAAUAUUCAAAAGACUUACAUAGUACAUUGCCAAGAUUGUGCACGAAAAACAAGUGGAAAUCUGGAAAAUUUUGUGGUGCUAGAACAGUACAAAAUGGAGGACCUGAUGCAAGUCUAUGACCAAUUUACAUUAGCUCCUUCAUUAUCAACCACCUCAUCUUGAUAUUGUUCCGUGAACAUUAAAUGAGACCUUUUCUGCUCUUCAGGAAAUUUCUGCACCACUGGUUUUAUAGCUGUCUCAUAAAACUGCUGACUAAAAACUAUGUCUAUGCAACCUUCCAAGAACAGAGUGUGGAGCAGUUGGACAGAGCACUGCCUCUAUUCCAAGACUUACAAAGCUGAUCCAAUUUUACAUCAGAAAAAUAAUAGUAAUCAUAUAUUUUGUGUAUAUAUGACAAAAUCAUCAAUGUUAUACAGGCUAUUAACUUGAAGACAGCCUUUUUAAUGAUAAUUUAAUUCUGGGAUGAUGAGUUAAUUUUCAUGUGUAUUUUACUCCUUCAGAAUUUUUCUGGGGAAAAAAAUACUGUCCUAGGUGGUCAUUUCUUUGUAAGAUAGUUAAGGAAUUUAAAUCUUUCUUUGGUCAAUUUUUUUUUAAUGUGAAAAACUAAGAAAGUUUUUUUAUGCUUUAUGUUUUUCUGUGUUGUUUUGAAACCAUGGUGAUUACACUUGUGGUUCUGAAAUAAAUUUUAAAAAAAUUCAUGGCCAAGAUACAAAGAUAAUGGAUUGCACAUAGACUAAGAAAUAAACUUCAGAUUUGUGACUUUUGUUUCUAAUCUUGAUACGAUUUACACUAUUUAUAAGUACAUAUUUAUUGCUUGAAAGAUAUUUGUGAAUGGAAUGUUGUUAUUUUUUCCAGACUUACCUGCCAUUAAAUACUAAGGAGUUCUGUAAUUUUAAGCACUACUCCUAUUACAUUUUCUAUGUGUAAAUAAAACUGCUUAGUAUUGUACAGAAACUUUUAUUAAAAUUGUUUAAUGUUUAA